CGGCUGCUGAUAAGGCCAGCAGCUCGACGACGCUGAAACUGUCCGCAGAGGAGCGGCAGGAGGAUGGGAAGGCGCGAGCCAUAAACAAGAUGCUGAAGAGUCUGGACAUCAAGAUCCAUGGCUUUGACAAUCUGUUGCCCAGCGGCGAGGAGCGCAUAGGCGAGGGCCUCAAGUCUUCCAUAUCGGAGAACGUGAAGACGAAAUCGCGGGCGGCGGCGGUCAAGGUGAUAGCCAGCCUGAAUCCGGGCAAGCCGUUCAAUGUGAAGCGCCAGCGGGUGGACAACGAGUCGAGUCGAGCGGAGAGGGAGCGCGAAAGGGAGAAGGAGAGGGAGCGCGAAAGGGAAAAGGAGCGAGAAAAGGAAAGAGAGAAGGAAAAGGAAAAGGAAAAGUCCAAGGAACCGGAGGCAGUAUUAGGUGAGCCAAAGGAUGCUCAUUGCGAUAGCAAAGAAUCUCCCGGCGCCAAGGGCGCCAAACAGUUGUCCAAGAAGGCCAAGCUGGAGCCGCCGACCAGCGGCAGCAAGGGAUCAAAGGCGGCGCCCAAGAAACAGCAACAGACGCCAACGUCGCAGGCGGCCGAGACGCCGGCAGCGAAAAAGGAGAAGCUGCGCGCUGCAGCAGCUGUGGCCAGGGGUGGCAAAAAGUUGCAAGCAGCUGCAGCAACAACAACUGCUGCAACAACAACAACAACUCCAGGUGAAACCGAGUCCAGUAAAGCAAAGACACGCACCCAGCUGGACUCCAAUACGGAGCUGGUGCAGAUGGAGCUGGAGGAGAUCAAUACCACCCAGACGCCUCUAACGGCAGCCACGCCCACGCCAGCCCAUACGCCCACGCCGGCAGCUACACCCACACCCACACCCGCAGCCACACCCACGCCCACGCCCACGCCGACGCCGACGCCAACGCCCACACCCACGCGCACACCCACACCCGCAUCCGCAUCCGUACCCGCAUCCACGCCCAUUGAGUCAACGCCCACGGGCAGCAGCAUCGUCGCCGGCAGCGCAGCAGCGGCCACAGCGGCGCCGGCCAAGCAGCGGCCCAAAAUCAAGUACAGUAAAACAUCGGCGAGCAAGGCGCGACUGCAGCAGGCCUGCAGCAAAACGGCGCUCGCUAGCCUGAACGCGGCGAAGGAUAUUUAUGACUUCAAGUCGGGAUCGGAGGACGAGGAGCCGAUCAAAAUGGUGCUGCCAACGCUGAAGGAGCUGCGCGACUUCUCCGACGAGGACAACAAGCCGCUGAAGCAGCUCGAGCAACGGCUGCUGGCCAGGGAGGCCAAGGAGGCCAGGGAGGCCAAGGAGGUGAAGGAGUUGAAGGAGACGGCGGAGCAGACGACGGCAACUGUUGCCGCAGCGGCAGCAACUGUUGCAGCUGUGGAGGCGCCGCCUGAGCCGCUGCCCAGCGCUGCCAAGGGCGGCAAUAAGAAGCAGAUUAAACGUAAGCCAAAUACGCCCACGCCAGCGCCGGCAGCAGCAGCAGCAGCAGCAGCAACAACAACUGCUGCAACGACGACAGCAGCCGCUACAACAGCAACAGCUGCUGCUGGUAAAAAGAAGCCAGCGGGCGGAAAAGCGAAGCAGCCAACGCCGCCGGCAGCGGCCAGCGAGAGCUCCCGCUCGGAGAGCAGCGACUCGGAGGACGAGAAGAAGCUAAGCAGCUACGGGGCGAAGCGGCAUCGCAUGGCCUCGCUGAAUGCGCUGGCCAAGGUGCAGUGCCUCUACGAGAACGAGUCGCGCACGGCCCACGAGCUGGGCCUGUCGAAGGCGACGCAGCAGCCGCCGCGCAUACGGACGCUGGACGGCAGCGAUGAUGACAACAAUCGAGGCGAUUUGCCGCCGGACAAGGAUAAGGAUAAGGACAAGGACAAGGACAAGGACAAGGACAGAGAUCGCGAUCGAGACAAGGAUAAGGAUAAGGAUAAGGGCAAGGAUCGGGAUAAGGGCGAUGCGGAGAAGGCCAAUGUGGCUGUGGUGGAGCCACGGCGAGAGCUGCGCCAUGUGACGGGUGGCCGUGGCGUGGGCAAGCACUGGGAGCUCGAUAGCGACAGCGAGGCGGAGGAGCUGCAGCUGCAGCGUUUCCAGCAGCAGAAGAAGAAGAAGCUGCAGAAGAAAGCGCCCGCCAAGAAGCCCAACGACACAGAGUCGAAGAAGAAGGCGAACAAAAGGGUUCAGCUGGAGGACAGCGACGAUGCAGACGAGGACAAGGACAAGGACAAGGAGAAAGACAAGGAGAGGGAUGACGACAAGAGUAAGUCCAAGGACAAAGACAAAGACAAGGACAAGGAGAAAUCGAAGCCGCCGCCCAAGCAGCUGCCCAAGAAGCGGAAAAGCGCCUUCCACGAGGAGCUGAUUGGCGACUACAAGGGUAUAUUGGCGCGCAAGCGCAUGGCCAGCCUGAAUGCCAGCGCGAUUGUGGCGGCCACGUACGAGGUGGAGCGGCACUUGGAUAAGAAUUUGGCCAGCGAUUGCAGCAGCUUCGAGAGCUACGACGAGCUGGAGAUUAGCAAGCCGACGGUGACAAAGACAUCCGCAUCAGCAUCCGCAUCGGCAUCCGCGUCAGCAUCGUCGUCCAGCAAAUCGAAUGCGUCGAAGGCAGCGCAAGCACAGCAGGCCGAGGUGCUGCACAUCAAGAAGGAGCCAAAGGAGCCGAAGGAAACGCGCGAAUCGAAGGAGGCCAAAGAGCUGAAGGAGCUGAAGGAUGCGGCGCUGAGCAACAAGCCGCAGAGCAACAUGAUCGAGGAGAGCAACGAUUCCAAGUACUCCAAGGAGACGAAGGAAACGAAUACGGAUACCACCAUCACAACGACUGGGUAUCGCGGCGACUCGAGCAGCGCCAAGGAUGCCAAGGACUGCAGCCGUCCGACCUCAUCCAGUGUGGUCAUCGUCCAGGACACGGACGUCACCAUCACCGGCGUCUAUGUGAAUGCCAGCAACGGCGCCGCCCAGGAGGCCUACUGCAAAAUGCAAUAUCGUGUUCAGUCCAGCGUCACCGAGGAGCGUCUGCUGCGACCCGGCUCCGUGGAGCCACCCAAAUCCUAUACGCCGCUCAGCGCACUCUCCAGCAUGCUGCCGCCGGGCGCCAGUUCCGGACUCAGCGAGGCUCACAGCUCGCCGCCGUUGCCAGUGCAGGCGCCGGCACCGCAUGUCCUGCUGCCCGGCGAGCCGCUCAGUGCGGGCAUGUACCAUGCCCCGGAUCUGGGCCUGCAUACGGAGCACAUGCCGCCGGAUCAUCAUGGACCGCCGCCGCCGUCGUAUGCAGCCGCUGCGGCUGCUGCGGCCGCUGCCGCUGCCGCCUACCACGCCCACCAGCUGGCGCCCGCGGGCAGCGGCGUGCUGCACAUGCACCAUCAGCAUCAGUACGCGGCCGCCCAUGCAGCGCAUGCGGCGCACGCUCAUCACUACCAGCAGGCGGCCGAGUAUCAUGGCGGUCCGCCACCGCCGCCGCCUCAUCACUACGGCGGACCGCCGCCCCAGGGGCAUUACGGUCCAUUGCCGCCGCCGCCGCAGGUGGGUCCGCCGGCCGUGCCGCCGGACCGCUGUGACGUUGGCUCACCGCCGCCCUCGUAUCGGGCGAGUGCAUAUCCGCCGCCGCCGCCCGCCGGAGUGCCACCGACACUGGGCGGCGGCUCGAGCGCCUUCUGUGCGCCCAAUCCCCAUCAUCAUCAUCAGCAGCACCAACAGCAGCCGCCCCCGCAUCAUGAUCCCAGCGGUUAUUAUCAGCCGGCGGGUCCGCUGAUCUCGCCGCAUGUCAUUGCGCCACCGCCACCGUCAGCCACAACAGCAGCAGCCGCUCAGGCAGCGGCAGCCGCAGCGGCGGCCGCAGCAGCUGCAGCAGCAGCAGCGACAACACCAACAUCAGCAGCAGCAGCAGCAGCAGCUGCUGCUGGUGUGCCACAGCCAAUCAAGAAGCUAAGCGAGGACGAAUCGCCGACAAAUCCAACCAGUGCCGCACAGACUCAGCCGCCAGCGCAGCAGGAAUCGUCAGCGGCGGCAGCAGCAGCUGCAGCAGCAGCGGCAGCAGCAGCAGCAGCAGCUCACCAGCAACAGCAACAGCAGCAACAACAGCAGCAGCAGCAGCAACAGCAGCUUCAACAGCAGCAGCAACAGCAGCCGCAACAGCCACAGCCACAGCCGUAUCCGGGCGCCAGCGCCGUGGCGGCUGCUGCAGCGGCCGCUGCCGGUCAUCCGGGCGUGCCAUAUCCGCGCUCUAUGCACGCGGCCCAGAUGCACUACUCGACGGCAUAUCCGCCCAACUAUUAUUCACCGUAUCCGGGCGAGGUCAUGUGCUAUUCGCCGCCCGCCUAUCAGCCGUACUUCUCCAGCAAGGUCUAUCAGAGCGGCCCGCCGCCGCCCACACAUCCGGCUGCGCAUCCACCGCCACCGCCGCCGGGCGCGUAUCGCCGCUAUCCGUAUUAUCAGCACGCUGGGCCGCCGCAUCCGCCGCCGCCGGAGCUUUACGAACAGCAACCGCCGCCACCGCCGCCGCAAGGUGUGCCCCAGCCGCCGCCGCAGCAGCAGCAGCAACAGCAGCAGCAGCCGGUCUCAAUCGCCGCAGCGGCAGCAGCUGCCGCCGCCGCCGCAGCUGCAGCAGCAGCAGCCGGUGCCACGCCCGCCCCGGCCGGCACCCAGCUGGUGCCCGCCCACCAGCACCAACAGCACCUGGAACAUUACCCGGGACCGCCCGGCUACUACGCCGGAUACAGUCCAGGAGGCGGCAGCGCCGCCGGCCAGUGCUACACGCGCGGUCUGCAGGGUCCGUAUAUGGAGUAUCCGCCGCAGUGUCCGUGUCCAAUGCAACAAUCGUGUCCAAAAAACGUCCAUACUGGGCCUCAUAUUGGUAGCAACAGCAACAGCAGCAGCAGCAACAGCAACAGCAGCAGCAGCAGCAACAGCAUCAGCCACAACAGCAAUUGUUCCACGCAGAAGACGAGCAGCAGCAGCAACAAUUUGCUGCUGAAUGCUACGAGCCACAGCAGCAACAGCAGCAACAGCAGCAGCAGCAGCAAGAGCAAGAGCAAUAUGCCUGUGCAUGGCAGCAUGCCGAGCAGCGAUGGCAGCAACAGCAACAACAGCUUGACUUCCAACAGCAGCAGCAGCAGCAGCAAUAUUUUAGCAGCAACAGCGAUAACAACGACAGCAAUAGCAACAUUAGCAACAUCAGCAACAGCAACAGCAACAGAAACAGCGCUGACUACCAGUAGAGGCCCAGUUAAAAAUGGCAACAACGAUAAGACAAGGACAACUAGCAGAGAUACGACAACAAUGACAACGACAAUGCCGACGGCAACGGCAACGGCGGCAACGAACACAACAGCAACAGUUGCCUCCGUUGCAACAUCGGCCACAACGACCACCAACAACAUGGGCACCCAAUGCCAGAUGCUGGUCAAAACGGAGCUCAAGAGCGACGCCGAGUGCCAAGUGACCAAAAUGCAAUACGAGGCGCAUGUGAUGCCGCCGCCAACUCCGCCGGAGAGCUACUGUGCCAGCGACGACAAGUUGCUGGAGGAGCAGGAGCAGGAACAGGAGCACGAGCACGAGCACGAGCACGAGCAUGAGCUGGGACUAGAGCAGCGACAGCACCAGCACCAUCAGCAGCAACAAUUGCAACACCUGCAACAGCAACAGUUGCAGCAGCAACAUGCCAAGGAUAUUGAAUCCUAUGAUUUAACGGGCAGCACGCCGCCGCCUCCAGUUGUGAUGCCGCGUAAGGCGCGCAUUGGCAAGAGCAUGGCCAGGGAGAUGGUCUAUGCGGCGCAACAGCAGCAACAGCUGCAACAGCAACAGCAGCAACAGCUGCAACAGCUGCAACAGCAACACCUGCUGCAACAGCAACUGAAACAUAAAGAACAGCAACAACUUCUCAGCAAACAGGCUGAGACCGAACCACAAUUGCCUUUUGUACUUAAAGCAGAAAUCAAAGCGGAAACCAAAAUCAAAAUCGAGCACGAUGAGCUAGCGGCAGCAGCAGCAGUUGCCGCUGCCUCAGCGGCUUUAACGGCGGCCACAUGCAACACACAUAUCAGCAAAAUGCCCGAUCUGAAGCCCACAAUUAAGACGGAGCCGGAGCUCGAUUUGGACAUGCAAAAGCCACAGCAGCUGGAGCAGAACAUGGAGCAGGAGCAGGAGCAGGAGCAACAGCAGCAACAAUUGCCGCCUAGCAGCAGCAGCAGCAGCAGCAACAGUGGCAGCAGCAGUGUUGCCAAGCAGCGCAUCAAUUUGCUUGCCUCGGCCACGCAGGGCAAGAAGUCAAAGCCGCACAGCUACAAGAGUCUGAUCAAGCAGGCGGAGCCAAAGAAAUAUCUGUGUCCGGGCCGUAAGCUCGUGCGGCGCUACGGCCGAGCGCCGGCCAAGUAUGUGAAGCGCCGGCAAAUGUUGCUGACGCAGCGACAGCAACGUUUGCGUCGCGAGCAACAGCAGCAGCGCAAGCAGCAGCAGCAGCAGCAACAACAACAACAACAACAGCAGCAACAAGAGCAGCAGCAGCAGCAGCACCCGCAAACAGCAGCAGCAACAGCAACUGACGCGGCAACAGCAGCAACAGCAGCAACAGCAACGGCAGCUGCAGCAGCAACAUUGGCUCUGGCCAACAGUUGCUCGCCCAGCGCCUCGCCGAAGCGCGCGCGUCCGCGCAAGCAAGCGAUUGCUGCGCUGCAUCUGCUGGACAGUUUGGAUACGACGCUGACGCGUGGCUAUUUCAGCGAUCCGGAGCUGAAUAGCAGCAGCAGCAGCAACAGUCGCAGCACGGUCAACGUUGGGCUCUAUGCGCCGGCCAUACCGUCGCCGCUGCUGGCGCCGCAGCUGCAGUCGCAGUCGCAGUUGCAGUCGCAGUUGCCGUCGCAGUUGCAGUCGCAGUCGCAGCCGCAGUCGACGUUGGCGAGCGAGAAGCGCUCCAAGUCGGAGACUAAGAAGCCGCUAACCCAAGCGAAUUGUGCGGCCAGCGCUGUGUUGGCGUCGCUGGCGACGGCGACAGCAGCGACGCUGCCAGCGCAGUCAACUACCUCAGCUGGCGUUGAGCCGCCGGCCAAGAAGGCGCGCAAGCAGCCGGCCAAGGCCAAGGCCAGGCCGGCAACGGCCAAGAGUCGAAAGGCAGCAGCAACAGCAGCAGCAGCAGCAGCAGCAGCAACAACAACAGCAGCAACUACAGCAUCUGCCGCAACACGCCACGCCCCAACGGCAACGCACACGAAACGCGCCCGUUCGCGUUGCAAAUUCGGCAACCGCAAGAAGCAGCGACAGCGGCCCAGCGGCGUCAGCCACGAGCUGGACGAGACUCAGCCGCCGGCAACGCGGGCCAAUGUGGUGCCCAAGUGGAACAACGGCUGGAUGUGGGCGGGCAAGGCGUUUCAGGGUGCAGUGUUUCUCAAUAGCGAUGAUCCGUUGGUGCUGCGCACCUGCUAUCCGGCCAUGCGGCAUGUGGAGGGGGACAUCAUACGCACGCGCGACUGUGUCCUGCUGAAGGCCAACGAGGACAACGAGCUGCCCUAUGUGGCCAAGGUGGCGCAUCUAUGGCAGAAUCCCGAGGAUGGUGAAAUGAUGAUGUCGCUGCUGUGGUAUUAUCGGCCAGAGCACACGGAUCAGGGCCGGCAGCGCAACGACUGCCCGGACGAGGUGUACGCAUCGCGGCAUCGGGAUCACAAUUCGGUGGCCUGCAUCGAGGACAAGUGCUACGUGCUGACCUUUAGCGAGUACUGCAGAUAUCGACGACGUCUGCGCGCCGCCGAGGAGGAUGUGGAGGAUGUGAGCAUUGUGCCGCGACGCACCAAUACGAGCAAUUGCUUUCCGGUGCGCACCGUGCCGGACCAAACCAAUCCGGAGCUGGUGAUGUUCUGCCGGCGCGCCUACGAGUUUCGCACGCGCCGCCUACUCAAGCUGCCGCAGAAGAAUGCGCUGGUCUGCAGCUAGCGCCGGGCCUUGUAGGGCUAUGCCCUCAUGGAGCAUCCAAUUAGAGUUGGGAAUAUGGACGAGCGAGACGAAUGCGGCAUAUGUGGACAGGGAACGGGCCCAUCUAUGUCGCCAACAACAGUCUGGAUGAAGGCCUCCCAUAGGCCAAGACAACACACACACACACGAACACACACAUACAGACGACCAAAAUGGGGAGAGCAAAAUGAAUGAAUGGAAUUGGUUGGAGCACACGCAGUUGAAUUUCAAGCAAAUCUUUUGUAUUACAUAACUCCUUAUUUAUUACAACAAAAACAACAACACAGACACACAGACACACACACACACAGACACCACUUGUUAUUAAGUUAAAUGUAUUUAUUAUGAUUAAGUUUAGUCAGCAAUCUUGUUUCAGCUCCUUAUUAUUCUAAAUGUGUAUAUGCUCUUAUGAUUUGUUAACUCAUCUACUUAUGCUUAUUUCCAAGACUCUAUUCUAUUCAAAAAAAAAAAAAAAGGGAAAAUGAAACAUAAUUAACUAAUGCUCAGGCAAACACUUUGCGCACACACUCUGGCGACUUCAGCAACAAACGAAGGGAACAGAUUUUGAGAAGAGUUGAUAGAAGAGAAUAGAAAAAAACACGAA